GACUUGGAGAAAGCACUGGUGGAGAAGGUUGAGAAACUGCGAAAAGUGUUGGCUACUUUAGAACUUCAAAUUCGAGAUUUACUCCCUGAGGUACGUGGCAAGGAUGAAGUGUGGAAUUUACACUCGAUCGGCUUCAGAGGGAAGGAGCUGCGCAGACACUAG